CCUGAGGAAUUUAGGCAUGUGAACGGGGCUUUCUCACUUUGUGAGUACCCUAUUUGUUUCAUUUCUCGGUAACUUCGAAUUAAAUCCUUGCUGUAAUGUGGCUCCUGAUAAUCCUAAAUUUCACGUUAUGUUUUGCGCCCAGCUAUCAACAAUUCCCUCGUCUGUGUGCCACCCGCGAAGCCUUGCUCACCAAGGAGUGCUGCCCGUCUUGGGAAGGAGACGGCUCGCCCUGCGGAGCCAGCUCCGGCCGGGGCUUCUGCCAUGAUGUGGAGGUUCCGGACCAGCCGGAUGGGCCGCAGUACCCCUUCUCCGGGUUGGACGACAGGGAGAAGUGGCCCUUGGUUUUCUACAACCGGACGUGCCAGUGUGCAGGGAACUUCAUGGGCUUCAACUGCGCGGACUGUUUGUUUGGCUACUUUGGAGUGAACUGCAAUGAGAGGAGAGAGUCUCUGAGGAGGAACAUAUUUCACCUUUCCAGAGCCGAGAGAAUCAGAUUUGUGUCCUAUCUGAACUUGGCCAAACAGACAAUAAGCAGGGACUAUGUUGUUGUGACCGGGACCUACCAGGAGAUGGAAAACGGCUCCAACCCGAUGUUCGCUGAUGUGUCUGUGUACGAUGUGUUUGUGUGGAUGCAUUACUAUGUGUCCCGGAACGCGCUGCUUGGCGGGCCGGGGAAUGUGUGGACCAAUGUGGACUUUGCCCACUGGGCGCCUGCGUUUCUCCCGUGGCACCGCGCAUACCUGCUGCACUGGGAGCAUGAGAUCAGGAAGCUGACCGGAGACACGAGCUUCACCAUCCCGUACUGGGACUGGAGGGAUGCCCAGGAAUGCGACGUGUGCACGGACGAGCUGAUGGGGGACCGGAGUCCCCAGGACCCCACCUUACUCAGCCCAGGCUCCGUCUUCUCUUCUUGGAGGGUGCUGUGCUCCCAAGCUGAGGAGUACAAUGACAGAGGUGUGUUAUGUGAUGCCACGGAGGAAGGCCCAUUGCGUCGUAACCCUGGAAACCAAAACCGUAGCGUGGUCGAACGAUUACCAACUUCAGCAGAGGUGGAGUUCACUGUCAGUCUGACCAGCUAUGACACGGGAGCCAUGGACCGCAGUGCCAACAUGAGCUUCAGGAACACUCUGGAAGGAUUUGGGGAUCCUCAGUCUGGGUUAGGAAACUUUUCUCGUAGGGGUAUGCAUGCUGCACUCCAUGCCUACAUGAACGGAUCCAUGUCCUCAGUACAGGGCUCAGCAAAUGACCCCAUAUUCCUUCUCCACCACGCUUUUGUUGACAGCAUUUAUGAGCAGUGGCUCAGGAGGCAUAGACCAUCUCCAUCAGAGUAUCCAGAGUCUAAUGCUCCUAUAGGGCACAAUGGCGAAUACCACAUGGUGCCCUUCCUGCCCCUCCACAGAAACAGAGAAUACUUCAUUUCCAGCAAGGUCCUUGGAUAUGAGUAUUCAUAUCUGCUGAAUGCUAACCAGAGGCUUACAGAAUCCAUACGUCCUUACCUCGAGGAAUUACAGGAUGUCUGGCCCUGGCUGCUGCUUGCAGGGCUCUGUGGAGGAAUUGUAGCAAUGUUCAUAGCUGCUGCUGUACUGCCUGCAAAACGACGGCUACAUAGGGGGAAGUGGAAAAUGUUAUUUGCUCUCUCAGAAAGACAGCCACUUAUCAGGAGCAGUGACAUAGAGGAAAACAAACAACGUAACUACCAAACACCGAUGUGAAGGCAUGACCUGAAAAGCAGUGUUGUUAUGUAUUUGUCGUAUAGCACCGGACAGAUGAUAACAUUUCUUGUUCCUUCACUGUGCCUGCAUUUCAAAACUUCACCACAUACUUGUCUUUUUCUCUUUUCAAGUAGUAAUUCAGCAGUGACAUAGUGCCACCUAUUGGUCUGGAAUAGGAUUGGCUUUUUAGAACACAACAACAACCCCCCUUUCAAAGUGUUACUUCUACACUAAAACAAAGUGGGAUUUGUAUUCUCACAGUGACAGAUUAUAUGUCCCUCUUGUGUUCUCAAGUGACAGUCUUUCAUCCAAGAAUGUUUUUUUAUUUCGCUGGCGUCUUUUCAUACACUGUCACUUGUUGCAGGCUCGUAAGCCUCUGUUCUUCUGCUGGGUAUGUGAAGGUCUCUGGCAGCACACACAGGUGUGAAGCAUCCGAGGUCUUUCCAUCUGUCAGAGUAUAGCUGUGAGGUCCUUUCUGCUGUGUCACUUUAAGAGGCUCUCUGGACUUUCCUUUGUUGAUAUGCACAGGGUUUCUCGUGUGCACAAGGCUUCUUGGGUGCAGUUUAGGAGUCUUGGCAUGUCUGUUGACAUCAGUGUAUGUUUUCAUUUGUAACUGCUUCUUUGCAACUCUGUCUCUCAGUUUAUUAUCCUGAGCAGCUGUGAGCUUUGGCUGGAGAGUUUAGUUCUAAUCCUUCUUCCAUGCAUGAGCUGGAAGGGUGACAUCUCUAUGGUUGCAUCUGAUGUAGCUCUGUAGGCGUAAAGGAACUCAGUGACAUUUUCUCUUCUGGUGCAGCAUCCUUCAGAAAAAGCACAGCCAGUUCAGGGAUAACAACCUCUCUCACCUCAUGUUUUUGACUGGAGCAGCAUACUUUUUUAAUGUGCCAAGUCGUUCCACAUGAUUUGCAUAUUUUGUUUGUGGCAGAGCAUUUGCCAGAUGCUUAUCUCAGUCAUUUCUGUAACAUUUGUGUGUAUGUUCAAUAAUCUAAUCUAACUGAUCUUUUGUGAGGUUACCUGCAUGGUUGGAGGAUUUUGUGUUUCUUUGGCAUGGAGAGCCAUUUUAUACAAAAUCCCACCCAAGCUAUACACCACCUAUCCACUUACCAGCUACCCAAAGGGCACAUUACUUAUCCAGCCAGCACAGCAAAAAUGUUAACUGUGCUACUGAACACACACUCCUAUGCAAAGCUGCCUCUACACCCAACCUGUUCUCACUCCCGGACUCCUCACAUAUGGAUGCAUAGUGAAGACCCGUCGGGGGAUCCCUAUAGCGUCAUAGUUCAACGCAGAAGGGGUAGCCCUGUAACGUUUUUGACGGUUUAGGUAGGUAUAUAAUAGCCUAUUUAACAGAAAAGACUGAGUAAGGAGGUGGUUCGAGUGGAUGGAGGGCCAGAACCCUGACUUUGAACCAAGAGAGCUGUGUUCAUGUCCCGUGUGAAACAAAAAGUCAACAUUAAAUAUUUUGAUUUAAGUUAAGCGAGUUACUUAAAUUGACGUGAGGUAAGUUAAUUUACGUGUAAACUGACGUAUGUAGUUAUUUUAACCCAAACAAUUAUCUUUUCCUAACCUUAACCAAGUAGUUUUGUUGCCUAAACCUAACCAAAUUGCAACGUUUCGCAAACUUUAAUAACACGGCAUUUCAAAAAGAUUUAUUUUGAAAGGCUAACCGGACCUUGCAUAUUUAUUGUCGCUAAGCUUGCUAACUUGACUGCGGUGCCCUGAACGUGUAAAAAUGACAUAAAGGGGGUAGCCAGGGCGUUAAAAAGCAACUGAGAAUGUGAAAGACGUAGUUGAUUUUUCACAUUGUGUAAAAAGGCUUUAUGUGUUUUGGGUUAAGGUUGUGAUUUCACUUUAGUUUAUGGUACACUUCUUUUGUAAUGUGUCGCAAAUUAUCCUCUAAUGAAUUCUAAUAAGGGUCUAACAGUGAAUGGAGAUGCGAUGUCCUGGCAGAUUCCAUAAUGUUCCUGGGGUUAGAUAGUGACACAGCAUUAAAUGAUCUGACCUCUUAACAUCAGAUCAUUGAAUGAACACCAACUGUGUUGAGUGCGUGAUGUCCAUUGGUGGUUGCGCAGGUUAACUGGAUAGGUGGUGUGUGAUGGCUGUCUGGCAAGGGUGUAUAAUUUAGUAGGGAAGUAGCCUUUUUGUCCCAAGCUAUCAUUUUAAUCAAAACAAUUGCUUCAUUGUGGUUUGGUCCGCUCCUUUAUGUUAUUUCUAAAAACUCCUGCUGGGAGAUGGUUUAAUUGUCCCCUCAAACACUGUCAUUAAAUAUCAGUUCUUGAUGUAACUGGACAGGUGGUGUGCAGUUUGGGUGGGGAUUAGAAUGAAAUUGCCCUCCAUAUGUUAGCAAUAGUUUCAUCAUAUCUCUGCGCUCCUUGUCAAAACUUAUGUUUCUCAGUUAUGACAUUCACCUUCUGCACAAAAUGUUAUUUCACAAAGCUGUUACCAAUAACUAAAAGCCAGUCCAAUACACUGACUGUAUUAAAAAGUAAAACUUAUAUUACUGGGGAAAUAUAGAUGACUCUGAUUGGCUAGUACUCGUUGCCUCCAUUGGUUAAGGUUAGAGGGUUAGCUAAUCAGAGGCAGAGUAGUAGGCAGGACUUGCACAAAAGUGGUUUCCGUCAAGUGAGAGCUGUCAAAAAUCUGGUUGGAAAAAAAAUUAUGUGUCAGGUUAAUUCACUCGUAUCACCUUAUGUGUCACCUCAGUGAACAAGUUUACUAGCUAUCUAACCAGCUUAUGAACAUGAUGAAGGUUUUCUCAAGGAGUAAACCUCAGCUGGCUACCGUCCACUGAAAGUGGAUCAACAGCAUCAGCAUCUGCAAGUGAAUCAUGGACCGGUGUUGUUUCAGGUUUGUGAAUCCACAGCUGUAAGUUACACUUGUUGCAGUGAGUUGGUGAGGUUACUAUUCUCAUCUUAAUGUAUUGCUGGCCAGCUAACGUUGGCUACAGUUAUCACACUAGUAGAGAUAAAUGGAUGAUACAGAAGGUCUGAAGCUUGUUUCACUCAUGGUGGCAGUGUUCUGAUGAUUUAUGCUUCCUUGUCGAAAGAUGCUACCUAAGCUGUUCAAACCUUGAAGUGUUCAUGUGACCGAUGAUGUCACUGGUGCUUCAGAACACGGUUCUUUAAUUUUUAGAGUUUUGAAGGUUUAACAGCUAAACUCUGGAAGGCAUAAGAAGAGAGCAAAAUAAUAGCGAAAUUUCCUAUUAUUCCUGUAAUUUCCUCCUGAUACCAAGUAAUGAUAGUGUUGUGUAAUAAUAUAAUACAAGUAAUAGGCUAAUUUAUUAAAUUUACAUGAAAUGUUACAUAAAUAUCAACCAUGAAGUUUCAAAACAUAAACUACAUAAGUUACACCAAAGAAAGGUACAUUCAUGAUUUAUCAGCAAAGAUAUAUUAUCCACGCUUCCUCCACAAUAACAUCUAUAUUUAAUGCAGCACUUCUGAACAAAGGUAAACAGGUUUAAUAAUAAUACGCAUGCUCCUUGGAUUUUUAAAACACACAAGACUAAAACUAUUAAUAUCAGCAAGGUGUUGUUGUGCUUACCCAGUCUUGAAGGGCUGCUAAAGUUUUAAAAGCCACCACAUGUCACUGUGUUACUCUUUGCGGAGUAAAUGUUCUUCUGUUGAUCUAAAAUUCAUUUUGAGUACUUGGCAUUGUUGGGGAUUCUUGAUUUGCUAUUAGAUCAUGACAAAAAUGGUUUCAAGAUGAGUAAUGCUGUUAAUGCCAAAUUACUACCCUAUGUUAUGUAUCUUAAAAAUAGUUACAUCAGACAAUUUGUGCCUCCUUUUAGGUGGCAGGACUGAACAUUAGUCAUCCUCAACAUUUAAAACGACACUCUUAUCUCAAACAGCUUGAAAAACAAUGUGCACACAUUUAACACACUGCUAUACUUCCUGUCUUUUUCUCUUAUCAAGUAUUAUACAGCAGACGGUAACAUGCAUACGGGUACAUUGCAAAACUGAUUUCAAGAUUUGAAGAUUUAAUAUACAGUAUGUGAUGUGUUGGAUUACAAUUUUUGCGAGUUAGUAUGCAUUCAUUUCUGGGGCAGCAUUUGUGUCAUGACAUGUCAUGUCUAAUAAUGAAUGACUCAAUACCAAAACACUGCUUAUCCAGACAUCUAUACAUAUUUAAAUCACUAGCGUUAGGCUCAAGUUUUGUCUGUAAAUAACCAACCAGUCAAUAACCAACUGUAGGUGGAGUUAGAUCUUUACUGCUGCUGCUAUACUGUAGCCUGUCACUGUGCUCCAGCAGCCCCCCACUCAUAGCAAUGCAUCAGUAGUAGGGCCCUUGCUGUCACCAGCAUCAUUUAGCUAUUUACCAUUCUGAAUAUUCAUGUAUGUUAUGUGCCUCAAAUCUCACUGUGAAAGCCUUGGUUGUCAAUACAGAUCCCCCAUGGCGCUUGAUAACAUGAUGCCAGUCUGAUUUAUAUCAGCAAUUACAUAGUGCCACUAGCUUUAACAACACUACAACUGUGAAGUACACAAUGACUAAUUGUAAUGAGUCUUUAUUAAUGGCAAUGUAUUUAAACUGUAUGAGAAAUAAAAACUGUGCAUGUUG